AUGAUUUUAAUUUUAGAAGAAUGUGAUAAUCAUUUUUUAUCUUGCAUUCGAUAUUCAACUCUUGCUGCAAUGUCUCUAAUUAUAGCAAUAAUCUCUAUAAGAUGGUCUUUUCAUUAUUACAAAGCGAAUGGAUCAAUAAAAUAUGAAAUAGCUCCAAUGAUUUGCUGUUGUUUAUAAGCAAUUGUUCAUUUAGUACAAUAUACCAUUUAUAAUUCAAAUCGAAUGAUAAUUUCAGCAAGUAUAUUGUAAUUAAUAACAUUUAUACUUGUUUCACAAAGCUUAGCUAAUUUGAGAUAUCGAUUCAAAUAUGCUGAUGACUGUAAUUAUUCAAUUUUAUCUAUAUAGUGGAAAAAAGAAAAAACAGAUAUCUAAGAUUAUUAAUUGGGAAAGGAGCUUUCUAUUUUGUAAUAUUUUCAUUGUAAUUUUUCUUUUUCUUCAAAAUUGAUGAUUCUUCUUGCAAUAAGUAUGAAUACCAUUAAUAAAAUAGUUAUUUUUAUUACAGUCUCGAUUUAUUAGAGGUGCAAAUACUAAUCAUUACAAUAUUCACUUAAAUACAUGGAUAAUCACUAAUCUACUAUAUAAGAAGGAAAGAAGAAUCACAAAAUUAGAAUCAAGAAUAAUACUUUAAAUUCCUUGACAACUCAUCAAUGUUAAAAAAUACAUUAACAAUGAAAUUAAAAUAGAUUAAAUUAGUUAUAUUGGCAUAAACUAUCACAAUGAUAACAUUCAUUGUACUUAUAAUUCUUAUGUAUAAUACAAACAAAGAGUUAUUUUGUUUUUAAAAAAUCAACGNUUAUUUAUAUUUUUUAUUUUUAUUUUUUAUGAUUUUCCAAACAGUAAUGAUUUUUAAUUAAACUUUGUUAACAUAAAAUACUUUAUAACUUAUAUCCCUUAUUUUGACUUAAAUUUUGAAAUAUUCUUAAUUGAUGAUAAUAAUAUAUGUUUCAAUAAUGAUUUCAAAAGUUAAUUUAUUUAAGGACUAGAAUUUGUGUUUAAGCUAAAAAAUAAUAUAAUAUAGUUAUAAUUUAAGUAUUGAAAAUUAAAUGAAACACAAAAAAUAUACAAAUUUGAUUAAGAUAAAAUGA